AUGUACGAACAAUUGGUUCAACAGAAAAAGAUUGAGAAUUAUUUGAAGAAGUUAAAAACAGGUUUCAAAUGCAUCAAACACGGUCGUCAAGGUUCUCCACACGAACGAUGGGUCUCUAUCAGUUCCAGUUACGACAAAAUUAUUUGGAAACCCAUUCAAAACGAUAACAAAUCGACCAAGAAAUCGAAUGAAUCCAUUUCCGUCUUUACAAAAAUUGAAAAGGGUUGUAACACCAAACCAUUCAAACGAUCCAAGAAAGUCAAGGAAGAAUUAUGUUUUUCAUUGAUUGGUGAAGAGAGAACUUUGGAUUUGGAAUUUCAAACCACUGAAGAACGAGAUUAUUGGUUUGAAACAUUUCAAGCAGUAUUGGCUUUGAAUCAUCCAAAAGCAGCGAGUAUGGGUUCUGGCUCGAAACCUCAGGAUCUUGAAAAGGUUGCCAAUGCGUUGAAAAAGUUUCAUUUUGAUAUUGAAUCGAGUGUGUGGAAAUUUAGCAAAGUUCUUACCAAGGGUUCAACAUUUACGGAUGAGGAUUUUGCUUAUUUGGGUUUAGCAUUGAAUGGAAAUCCAAAAAUUGAGACAUUGGAUCUCUCUGAUAUCAAGUUAACAGAUCGACAAUGUGUUCCAAUUAUGAAUGGAAUUCAAAGUACAACCAAGAAUUUAUCAUCAAUUAUUUUGUCCAACAAUGAAUUGACAUGUGAAACUUUGACUGCCUUGUCCAAAGCCAUCAAGGAAAGCAAAUCCAUUUCACUCAUUGAUUUAUCAAGUAAUCAAAUCAGUGAUCAAGGAUCCGAAGAUUUGGCAUCUGUUUUGGUUCGCAACACGACACUGAAAACAAUUUUAUUGGAUAAGAAUGAAAUUUAUGAUAAUGGAGCCAUUGCUUUGGCAGAAUCCAUUUUGAAUGGUUCUCUAGUAGAGAGAUUGUCACUCAAUGAUAAUCAUAUUGGAAAUAAGGGUGCUGAACAAUUGGCACGAACUCUGAAAAGCAAUGAGAGUACUCUCAAAUUUUUGGAAUUGGCUAGAAAUCCAUUGGAAUUUCCAGAAAUUGUGGAAACGGAAGAAAAUGAUGAAGGAUUUUCUCUUGAAGUGUCACUCUUCUUGGCUGUUGAUGGAAAUAAUUAUGCAGAUGUUGUUUUGCUUACUUUGCAAGGAGCUGAUCCAAAUUGUCAGAAUGAAGAAGAUGGAAAGACUCCUUUGCACAUUGCUGCCAUUCGAGGUGAUAGACUCAUGCUCGAUUAUUUGAUUGAACAUCCAUAUAUUGAUAUUAAUGCAGUGGAUGAUAACAUGACCACUCCAAUCUAUUGUGCCAUGCAAUACAAACAAUAUGAUGUGGUCAAAUUGUUAUUAGAGAGAGGAGCAGAUUAUAAAAUUGGAGACCGUCACAAAAAGACAAUUCUUCACUUGGCUGCUGAACAAGGAAACAAGGCCAUUUGUAAGGACCUAGUGGAAAAGUAUAAUGAUAACAUUUACUCAACGACCGAUGAAGACAUGACACCACUACACUUUGCAGCUCAGAAUUUACAGAAGGAAGUUGUACAUUAUUUAUUGGAGCAAGAUUUAAAGACAAGAAAGAGUAAGGAGGCUCCAAAUUCAACAGAAAAUUCAAUGGACGACAAACCUGCUGAAGUGAUUCUCUAUGUGAACCAACAAGAUAUUCAUCGACAAACUCCUCUCCACAAAGUUUUUGUGAAUCCUAAUCCAGAUAUUGAAAUUGCAAAAUUACUCGUUCAAAAUGGAGCUGAUGUAUCCAUUGAGGACAAUAAUCGUCGAACACCUCUUCAUGAUGCAAAUGAUAAGGUGAAGCAAGUACUUUUGAACGAAGCUCGUAACUUUAUGUCACGAAAGGGAUUGUAA